UGAGUAAUGACAGGGCAGGGGAGAGAGGAAAAAGGGAAAAAGCCCUCGCCUGGGAACGUUUCCUCUCUCCUCCUCCUCUCUAACCUGUCCCUGAACAACCCGGAGAGACAGAUCUCCCCCUCUUCCCGAUUCCCCCUUCACAAUAGACUGAGCAGCAGUCUGAAGGGAAAAGUGUCUGUGUAGGGGGGGGUUAGAGUUUCUCUACAACAAUGGAAAUUCAAUCAGGAAAUGGAGAGGAGGCGGCGAGCGUGACCUCGCGCGUCGUCUCCAGCGAUGCCUCCAGGCUUCAGGUGGCGGCUUCAGAUCAUCCGGCGCCCAAAGAGGAGCUGCAGGCUGCAGGCAGGAUUGAGAAGUUUGACAUCCCACUGAAUCAUCUGAGGAAAAUGUUCGAGAAGCCUGCUGCCAUGAGCACUGAAGUUGCGCCUGUGCCUCUGUCCAAAAGAGUGACAUCCAGUAGCGUCCUAGUGUCUGACGGGUCAACACAUCCGAGCAUGGCCUCACCUCAGGAUCCCACUCUCUGCAGCACCAGCAGACCCGGGUCCGGACGUUCCGAGGAGAGGGCCCCCAGCGGCGAGGAUCAGGAAGCGGAGCCGGUGUCGGUGAAGGAGAGGCUGGCCAUGUAUCAGGCCGCCGUGUCCAACAAGGAAAGCAGCAGUUCCUCCUCUGCUGCGAUGAUGGAUGAUUCGGAGGCGUGUUCUCUGCCCGGUGGGCUCGCCAGCGUGAAGAAACAGUUUGAGAGCCAGGAGUUUGCCUCCUCCUCGUCCUCUCACUCCAGCGUCACCCAGUUUCAUCUCCAGAAGAGAUCAGUCCAGGAGAUAUCAAGCUCCUCAGAGGUCACAGUGAGAAGCAGUGCCAGAGAGAUUAUCCCUGCACCAACCGUCACUCACCAGGAGGUGAUCCAUGAUCAAAGAGUCCACCGUAACAAUGUGACCGGCAGUUAUGGGGACCAUUACAAUGAAACAGUUAUGCUUGUCGGAGGAGAGGACCUACCAAAGGUUUCCACUCAGGCUUUGAAGCAGCAGUACGAAAAAACGGUGGAGGAAGCUGCACCAGCCAAGGAAAUUAAGGUUGAUGUGGAUUUGAGCCAGUUUCAGUGGGCGCCCGUGCACCAGAGCUCCAAAAACUCCACCAUGAAAAGCUAUGACACAUCCUCCACAGUGAAGACGGUCACCGCCUCAUCACUAGCAUCCGCCUCAUCUGUGGCUCAUGAGGCAAAGGAACAUUUCCCUACCCCACCCUCAAACCCACCACAGAUAUCACAAGAAACCAUUGAAUGCAACGUUGCUUCACAGGCGCAAGAGUCCCAACAAAAGUACACUGUAAAUAAAGAGCAGGUGCUUAAACACAAGAACAUGGCAGAGCUGAAGCGUCUUUACAAGCACAUACAUCCAGAAGUCCGCAAGAACAUCGAAGAAGACUUCCUGAGUCAGCUCACUGAAGCAGAAAAGGCAGCAUUGGAGAGUAAGGAAGAGGCGGGGGAUGUCCAGCAGGCCUGCUAUAUGUUUGAAAAUGACGGCAACAACUCCAGUGAAUGCUCGAGCCCUGAUGGCGAGUACGUGGAGUGGGACGAGAUCCUCAAAGGUAAACACCAAUCAAUGCGCUGGAUGUUUGAAAACAAGCCUCUGGAUACAAUCAAAGAUGACUCUCCAGAUGACAAUGGGGACAAAAAUAUUGCACAGCAAGAAAUCAUUGCUGGAAAAGAUGUCAGAUAUACAGCUUGGAUGUUCGAGACGCAGCCCAUGGAUGCUCUUCGUACAGAACAGUCAGAUACAACUGAGCAGUCGGAAAAACAGACUGAUCUUGCAAGAGGUGAUGUCCGCACUGCAACUUGGCUUUUUGAAACUCAGCCUCUCGAUUGUCUGAGCAAGAUCUACCAAGAAGAUGAGCAGGAAACGGAUGUCCUCUCCAAAGACAUAACAGGAGGAGAUGUGAAAACUGCCAGGUACCUCUUUGAGACCCAGCAUCUGGACUCCUUGGGUAAAAGGGAAACCAUUGAGGAGAGUCACUUCUUGAACUUGAAGUCUGAGCUGGAAGAGAUUAAGGGGGAUGUGAGGACGACCACCCGCAUGUUCGAGACGCAGCCCAUGUGUGUCAUCAGAGGGGAUUCAGGAGAAAUGCUGGAAAUCACCACCAUCCGCAGGGAGGAGACUGAAAAGGGGGACGUGAAGACAUCCCGCUGGAUGUUUGAAACCCAGCCUCUCGAUAUGAUCAACAAAGAUCCCUCACAAGUAAAACUGAUAUGUAGUAUUUUCACGGAGGACAACGCUCAAGGCGACGUGAACAAAGGUAGAUGGCUGUUUGAGACAAAGACACUUGACACCAUUAAGGAUGAGGAAUGGGAGACUUCCAGAAACCUAAAAGAAGAAAUCCUGGGAGCUGAUGUAAGGAGGCACUGUCUCGUUUUUGAGACACAGCCUAUGGCUAUACUGAAAGACGAUGCCAAUGCUAGACCUCUACCCUCUGAGGAGAUUCUAGGUGGAGACGUUCAGUCAGCCAAACAUCUAUUUGAAACGGUACCCAUGGAAAAUCUUAAAGAGCUGCUUGAAGUGGGAAAACUUCAGAAAAUGGUUGCAACUGAGGAAGAGAAGGGUGAUGUGAGGCAUCAAAAAUGGGUCUUUGAAAGCCAGCCGCUGUCGAACAUUCGGGAGGAGAAGAAGGAGAUAACGAGAACUGUGAACAUGGAGGCAGAAGACAAAGGAGAUGUGACAAACUAUAAAGAGCGGUUUGAAACGAUGGAUUUGGGUAAAUGUGAGGGAACACAGAGAAUCCUAGUUGAAGGUGUCACAACUGGGUCAGUUAAGUCCAACACAGUACUCUUUGAAUCGACCCCAAUGUAUGCCAUGCAAGACAGCUCUGGCCACUACCAUGAGGUGAAGACUGUCAGGCGUGAGGAGGUUGUGAAGGGAGACGUGCGGAGCUGCAGGUGGAUGUUUGAAACACGCCCCAUUGAUGAGUUUGAUGAGAGCAUCAAUAAGUUCCAGAUCAUAAAGGGCAUUUCCAAACAGGAGAUUGAGUCAGGGGAUGUCAAAACAGCCAAGUGGCUUUUUGAAACCCAACAACUUGAUGCUAUUAAAUAUUUCAGUAAUGAAGAGGACGAAGAACGUAAAACCAAAGAAGUGAUUGGAAUUGAAAAAGGGGAUGUGAAAACAUGCAGGUGGUUAUUUGAAACCCAGCCAAUGGAUGUUCUGUACGAAAAGGUUGAGAAGAGCAAGACUGAUGUGGAAGAAGUGCAAAAAGGCGACGUGAAAACAUGCACUUGGCUGUUUGAGACCCAGACACUCGACAACAUCCACGAUCACUCGGAGUCUGAGACGGAGACGAUCCUGAAAACCUGCACUGUGAAGCAGGAGGACGUUCACGGAAAAGACGUGCGGCUGGCUCGCUUCCUCUUCGAAACGGAGAACCUGGAUAACAUCACAGGGGAGGACGGCAGCUCUUUCAGGAGGGUGACGGAAAUUGACGUCCAGUCGGGAGAUGUGUCCCGGAUGAAGUUCAUCUUUGAGAACCGUUCCUCUGAUAUUGUGAGCUCCACCUCAGAGGAAACGAUGCAGAGGUUGAAGACGGAGCAGGCUGAGGACAUCCACAGGGGGGACGUGGUCAACUGCACCUGGAAGUUUGAGAACCAGCCAAUUGAUGCCAUUUGUGAGGACACCACGGACAUGAAGGAAAUUCGCACAGUGACUGAUGUCCAGGGUGGCGACGUUGGCCAGGGCCGCUUCAUUUUUGAAACCUACUCGCUGGAUAAAAUAAAGGAGUCCACAGAGACGGAUAUUUCAGAAGUUACUAGUAUUUUCAGAGACCACAUAGAGAAGGGAGAUGUGAAGAAUUACACCAUGAUGUUUGAAACGCAGCCACUUUAUGCCAUCCGCGAUAAGGAGGGCUAUUAUCAUGAAGUAACCACGGUUACUAAAGAAGAAAUUAUGAGAGGAGAUGUGGUGGGGGCUCGAUGGCUGUUUGAGACAAAACCUCUAGAUUCAAUUAGAGAUUCAGAGGAGGUCUAUGUUAUUAAAGCAGUGACUGAAGAAGACAUUAACAAAGGAGACGUAAGCUCCGCAAGGUGGAAGUUUGAAACGCAACCUUUGGAUGAAAUAACAGACGAUAUAAAAACACGAUCAAAGACGGUUGCAGACAUCCAAGGGGGGGAUGUGAAGACAAGCACGCAGCGAUUCGAGACCGAUGAGAUGUCUCAAAAGUACAUCAGAACUGUGAGCGUGAGUGAAAUCCAAAAGGGAGACGUCAGAAGUGCUACGUGGAUGUUUGAAACCCGCACCAUCGAUGAGAUCCGCGGUGACGGCUCCGAGUACGAUGGCAUGGAGAGAGUGACAAAAGAGGAGGUCAUGAAAGGGGACGUCAAGGAGUCUGUAUGGCUCUUUGAAAAGCACCCGCUCGACAGCAUCAAAGAGUCUGACGACGCGGAGCUCGUCGUGACGAAGGAGGAGAUCCCACAGGCUGAUGUGAAGAUGACAACCUGGCUGUUUGAAAGCACUCCAUUCCACCAGUUCAAUGAGAGCAGUGUGGAAAAAACUGAAAUAAUUGGUAAAAGUAUCAGGGAGACACUAGAGGAGCUUUACUCUCAGGAAAUGGUGGGGUCACAGGGGGUUCUAAUCGAAGCGGAUGAAAUCGGUGAUGUCCGCAUGGCGAAGUAUAAACUCUUGAACCAGGAUCUGCCGCAAAUUCAAAAAGAGGAGAUCAUUAGAGGAGACCUGAGCAACAUAAUGAUGAACCUCCUGAACCGCGGGGAGACCACUGAGAGGGGCAUAACUAUUGACGAGGAGGAGCGGGGGAACAUCAACACCACAGUGAGACAGCUAUUCAAUCAGGAAAGAGGAAUCAAUGUUGAGAAAGAGGCUAUUAUCCGUGGUGACAUUCAGGAGGCUAUGAACAACCUGCUCCAGAAGGAAGGCUCGUCCAAGCGUGGCAUUCUGAUUCAAGAAGAUGAGAAAGGAGAUGUGAGGAUGACCAUUUACUCCCUCUUAAAUAAAGGGGAGAGAACUAGCACAGAGAAGGAGGAUAUAAUCCAAGGCAACGUCAGCAAAACUCUUCACCGUCUUCUCUCCAACUCAGGAGAAGAGGAAGCUAAAAGGAUAAGGGUUGGGGAGACGGAAAGAGGUAAUGUAAGCUUUUACUCCACAUGCAUCGAGUCUGGAGCCUUGGAUUACCUGAAGCAGCUUCAGUCUGAAGCGGAUGAAGAGCGGGAGGAGGUGCAAAAGGAGGACAUAAUUGGUGGCAAUGUGGAAGAGACCAAAAUCCUGCUGCGGAAGAACCAGCAGCAGAUUGGGCGCACAGUGGCUGAGGACGACAUAGUCCCUGGUGACGUGCACAGCACGGUCAAAGUGUUCAUGACAGAGCCUAACGUUGCCUAUAGAAACCUUGAGAAGGAGGACAUUGUUAAAGGGGAUCUUACCGCAGCGCUGGACUUACUGACCCAAGCUGUUAAUCAAAAGGUGUUGAUGGAGAAGGAAGAGGUGGUAAAAGGAGACAUUCACACUACUUUGAAGUAUCUGGAAGAGGCCCAGAAUCAAAUGAGAGAGACGGAAAAGCCUGAAAUUGUCAGAGGAGACAUCAGGGGAGCUCUGGAGUCACUGGAGAAAUCCGCAUCCGUCAAAACAGAAGUGACUGUUGAUGAUUUAGUGCCCGGUGAUAUCAAAGGCACCCUGAAAUCCCUGCAGGAGGCAAAGCAAGCUGUGAAAGAGGUGGAAAAGGAGGAGAUUAUCAAAGGAGAUAUUCACACUGCCAUGCAGAGUUUACAUGAGGCAUCAAGCGAGAAAAAGGUUUCCCUGCACCAAGUGAGUGAACAAGGGGAUGUUAGAGGUACCAUUCAGCUUUUGCUUGAACCAUCAACCUCUCCAAAAAUGCAGCGCCGAGGGAGCACUGAAGGAGAUGUGAAAACAUCUAUAAAAACUCUUUAUGACGGGCAGGAGAUGGCACAGUUGGAGAAAGAGGAGGUUGUUAAAGGUGAUGUUCAAGGAGCAAUAAAGAGUCUAAUGCAAAGAAAACAGUAUUCAAACAAGAAACGCAGCCAUCAUCCCAAGAAAGCAAAAGAGCCCAUGAAAAAUCCAUUGACUGUAAAGCAAGUGGAGCAUGGAUGCUUACAUGAGGCUAAGAGUGAGUGUGCAGCACUCAGUGCAGCCCCCGCUGUGAAAAAUCUCUCCCAGAGCACUGAGUCACAGAAGCACACGCAGAGGCACCAUGACAGCAAAUUGCUGAAAACGCAGGUAAUCACCCAAGAGGACCACUCUGUCGCUGUAGUCAAAACAGACAAUCCUGCAGGGGCUUCUCAUCAGAAGAGCAGAAAAGAGCAGCCCCCGCAGAAAAUACAAGCUCCUCAGCCUGUUAUUAUAAAGAACAAACAAAAGACUAAUAAAGAUCAAACAGUGACUGCUGCUGCUGCUGCUGCAGCUGAUGUGAAUGUGAUGAAACAGGUGCAAAACACAUCCCAGACAAACAUUUCAAACAAGCAAAUAUGCGAGACAAAGACCAUCAAACAGGUGCAGACGACCGUGACGGAACAGACCAUUGUACAUAACCAGAACGUUACUGUGGCGGAGCAAAUGUCAACUUCUCAAAAGCAGACGCAGAAUAAGGCGCUCACAACAAAGGCCACCGUAAAAAAUAUGAAGAGUGAUCACAAAAACCUUGAUGUGAGAGGGAAAGGUGCCGUCAAGAAGGUGAAAGCAGAAAUCCACUUUCCCCCUCCCCCCUCGUCACCCCCGCCACCCUCCGAGUCUGACUUGUCCCUGCCUCCGCCUCCAUCCCCUGUGACGGAGAGCCUGGCAUCACCCACACGCCAGCCUUCUUACCAGAGGCAGGACAGCGACCUGCCGCCUCCACCACCCCCACCUCCGAUGGAGUGCAUGAAGUCGGAGCUUGAAUUUUUCCCACCCCCUCCACCACCGCCACCUGCAUCCUCAGUGGGCCCAAACGAUUUUCUCCCCCCACCGCCGUCACAGCAGGAGCUCAACGCGAUGCCUCCUCCUGCAAAGCUAGGGAAACCUUUUGUCAGACCGUUAUUUAAAGUGCCCAAGCAGCCGGAACCACAACCCCGGCCCGUGCCGGUCAAACCCAAGUGGCAGAAGAAACAACCAGCUCCCCCUGUGCCUUCACCUCAGAUACCUCCUGCUCAAGAGAAAGCCGUUUCAACAGUUCAGAAGGAGGAGGCUAAAGUUCAGGAGGUGAAACUAGAAUCAAGCCAACAGACGAGCAAUGAAACGAGCAAAACGGCAGCAGUGUCGCCGACAAAACUACCCAGUACGCUACCAGUGAGACCAGCCCAAAGCCCGCAGCCACCAAGAAAACUGUUUAUUCCCCCAAUUAAGCUGCCUCCAUCCCCAGAUCCUAAUCCAGCCACAAAGGCAAAGCCAUAUGCUCGCAAAUUUAAAACCCCCCUCAUGCUUGCGGAGGAAAGGUACCGGCAGCAGAAGCUAGAGGAAGAGGAGAAGAGUAGAGUCUCAACUCCUACUUCACCGCCAGUUCAUACACACUUCUCUGCUGGCAAAGAGGAGCUUUCUGUCACGGAAAAAGAUGAAAAAGAAGUGGCCAAAGAAGUGACAAAGCCAAAAAGUGAAGAGGGAACACAAUCACAAGACCUAUCAGCCAAGAAAAGCCCUUCCCAGAUCCCUUUGAGCAAGCCCUCAAUCUCAGUAAUGAAUAAGAAAUCAGCCCCCGGAUCUUCAAAUGUGCCCCUAGAUAAAAGGUCUGUUUCCAGCAAGCAGUCCUCUGACAAAAUCCUUAACUCUACUGCUGUUAAUCAAACCGUUUCUGUUUCCCGAUCUCAUCCGGAGGCCUCAAAUAAAGAAAUCCAGUCAAGCUCAAAGGCAGUCACUUCCUCAGUUCUGGAGCAGCAACAGUUUAAGAAAUCCAGCAGCAGGUCUGCAGCAACCACACAGAGUCUUCACCAGGAAAACCUUCAGAGCCAGGCGGCAGUCACUUUGAAAACGGAGGAUGUAAAGAAUAUAAAUGUGCCUCUGACACAGGAAGCAAAAACGAGCCUCGCUCAGCCGACUAAAAUUCCAAAGGUAACUCCAAAUUUCAAAGUGAAAACCUUUAAAAUGCCAACAGAGAAGAAAGAGAAGGGUGACAGCGUCGAACAAAAGGAGGUAAUAAAAAGUGGAACUCAUUCACAACAAGAGAAAAGUAUUAUGUCAGAGAGAAUUGAAUCAAAAGUGACUUUGGAAAGCAGCCAGCAGACUUCUGCGAGAACUGAGAUGAAAACAGAAGUGAAGGUAAAAGAGAAGAAAAACCAGGUGACACCCCCUGUGAAGGAGGCUGAAGCUAAGGGUCAUGUGAAGAAGGGAAAGCAGGUGCAAAAACACGAGGCUGAAGCGACGCUGUCACCAUCGGUCACCGUGUCAGCGCCUAAGUCGGUUAAGAUAACAUCAGCGGCCGCCCAUCAGGGACAAGGCCUCGUUUCCUCCUCACACAGCCAGCAGAGUGUGAGGUCAGAGCAGAUUCAAAGACGUGAGGAGGUGGUCGUGACUGAGAGUGUGCAACAGCAGAGCCUGCAGAGGCAGGAGGCCGUUCACAUGCAACAGCAGCGCGUCAAGCUACAAGCAACGGAGGCAAAUAAAAUGCAAAUGGAGGGAAGAACGUCCAAGAUCGUGCCGGUGAAAGGCGUGGGGAAACCGGGCCAUGACGACAAGGUCCAGGCAGAAGAGGUGACAGGUUUAGAGAAAUGCUAUGUGAUGCAGAAGCUGCUCGCUCAGAUGAAGGAGCUUGAGGGUGCCCCCAGCAGAAUAGACUCCCACACCGUCACCCUGAUCUUAGACGAAGUCCCCAGUUGGGUGAUCGGCUCAGACGAGAAAAACAAUUUCAGUCAAAUUGCAAAACAGCAAAGUAAGAAAAAGUUGAAAGAGAUGAUGGCAUAUCUGAAAAGUGUGGUUCACACGAAGCUCACAGUUCUGGAGAACGGCUUAAAACUGACGGAAAAGGAGGUGAAACAUGAAAAGGAGACGGAGGAGCCGCCAGUUCCACCACCAACGGCUCCAAAACCGGACAAGAAAGUUUUCAGCGGCCCAAUGACAAAGGUGUCGAAGGUCAGCAUGAGUUCGUCCAAAGCAGAGAAAGUGGUGGAGGAGAGAAGGUCGAUCCAGGAAAGCAGAGUCCAUCAGGAGCUGAGUGAAGCAGCUGAUCAGAGGGUGUCUUCUCCGUUAGCGAGCAUUCGUAGCGCAUCACCCACUUUUAUCAGUAUUGAAUCGAGGAGGAUCGACUCGCCGCUUAGAGUGACUCCUUCUCCCCCACCCUACAGAGCAGUCGGGACACCCCCCCCACCUCCACGUAAGCCAUUCGCACCUGCAUCCACCCUCAGCAGGGCAACGCCGUCGCCCACCCUCAGCCGCUCAGAGAAGACGAUAAAAAUCAAGGACUCCACCUCAAAGCUUUCGCGUGAAAUGACCCCCCCGCCUCCCCUGCCGGUGCCGGAAGUUUUUACAGUCGAAAGAGAGCAACCCUCUCCGUUUAGCGACCGGGGGACUCCCAUUGAGAGAAGUGAGGCUGACGCAAUGGAGAUGGCCGAUUCCAUGACGACGGUCAAGGACAAGAAAAGUUUCUUCGAGGAAGCCCAGAAGGCUGGAGUGAGCAAGACGUACAUUCGCAGAGAUCCGAUUGAUAUCCCUGAGCGUUUGGGACCUGAUGCUGAGGAGGCCCCUGAGACUGUGAGCAUCGAUCUUCUGAAGGAGGACCUUCCAAGGGUCGAUUUAUCGAAGCUCGUGAACAGAUUUGAGUCUCCAAAACCCAAGAGCUACUCCAGGAAAGAGCCGAUUGUUAUUGCUGAGAGGCUGGGGAGUGACACCGAGGACACAGAGACCGAAGCCCCCUCUUCAAAAAGUGAAGAGAUUCAUACAUUUAAUGUGAAAGCAAUAACGGAUGUGUUUGAGACAGGGGAACACAGUUCUCAGGCAGCCCGAGAGCUGAGAGAGCAGAUAGAGAGAAGGGAACCUGAAACAGUGGGUCACUCUGAGAGCAGCUCGGUCACCGAACAGGUGUGCACCGUUGACGACUUUGGGAACAUCACAACGGAAACCAUGAGUGCAGUGCACUCUGAGAGCUCCCUGAACCGCGGCAACCCUCCUUCCUAUGCAGACGUAGUGCGGGGCAACGUUCUCACCGUGAACGUGCCGCCCGAGGCCUCCACGGAGGAGCUACUGAGGAACUUCCAGCAGUCGUGGGCCGAGAGCCAGGGAGUCUUCCAGAAUCUGGGCUUCAGCGUCACCGAGCAGAGGACCUCGCAGACUGUAACGCACCAGCAGGAGACCUUUGUGACGGAGAAUUCGAAUUCCCGAGUGCGAACUGUGCAGGGCGUGUCAGAAGAGGGUCUACCCCAUGGAGUUGCUGAUAGCAGACAAACAAAACUUCCAUAAAAGCUGCUUCCGUUGUGAGCACUGCAGAGGCAAACUAAGCCUUGGCAACUAUGCCUCUCUCCAUGGACGGAUGUACUGCAAGCCACACUACAAGCAACUCUUCAAGUCCAAAGGAAACUAUGACGAGGGAUUUGGACAAAAAUCACACAAAGAACUGUGGAAUAAUAAGAACCAGCA